AUGAGUUGUCUAUUUGCAGCAAUAACGAGCUCACUACAGCUAGGUACAAUCGUUGAAUCGCCUCGAUAUCCUACUGAUAAAGCUAUGGCUAGUCAGCAGUAUUAUUCAGCUUUGACUCAAGACCACCAAAUCAACAUUCCACCGACGAAUAUACGAACAAAAUCAGCUGAAGACAAGAUAGUAGGUGAUGGGAAUAUAGCCAGCCCAACUAAAAGGCGUCGUUAUCGUAAGUCGAUGUCUAAUCCGCUAUUUACGUCGUCGAGUAUACCGAAAUCGCCAUAUCUUCCAGCAAUGAGUGGAAAGAAACAUAUCUCGUUACCCGAACUGAAUGAACAAACCAAUUUGACCACCAAUCGGAUAGCAUGGAAAAAUAGCGAUAUGUUUAAAUCAUCGAAUAAUAUCAAUGCGGUUGCAACACCUACUUAUAAUCGGAAAGAAUAUUUGAAAAAGCGAGUAACCUUUGCAACCCAUUUAGAAACUGAUAAUAACGAAGAUAGUCAACAUCAAAAUACCCAACAGAAGGCUUUUCGAUCCCGCAAAAUCAGCGAUCCAAUUCGACCCAUCCUGAAAAAUGAUAACAGAAGAUUACGACGAUUAAGUUCAUUAGAAGAUUGUUCAUCGCCAUCAAUGCAUAAAAUUCAAACCUUUGAGCCAAAAAUUACUCCAUUCAAUUCGAGUGAUUCAUUAGAUUUGACUUAUCAAUCGUUAAAGGGUAAACACAAUGAUCAAUAUGGUAUUCCAACCACAACCAAGUUAGCUCAGGCUCAAGCUAACGCUAUAAAAUUACGUAAAAUUAUUCGAUCGAUGUCAAAUGAAUCGAAUGCUGCUUUCAGUGGACAGGUUAAGCCAGCCAAGAAAACAUUGCCAGGUCGUAAUGUUGCUUUAAGCAUAUCAAACGGCUUACGUAAAUUAAAAAAUGAAGCUCAUCUAUAUUUAAUUAAGUAA